AUGUUUAAAGAGACCCAAGAAAAGAACAUACAAGUAGUAGCUGAAGAAUCAAAGAGUAUGAUUUUAAAUGAAUCCCAACUGAAAGAAAUACCAGAAUAUGUUUUAUCAAUUUAUUUAUUCAAUCCGUAUUCUGUUUUAAACUGCGUAGGAAUGACAAGCACAGUUAUCCAAAACUUAUUACUGGCUGUGUCUUUAUGGGGAGCAUCAAGUGGUCAGAGAGUACUUGCUUGUUUGUUCACUGCUCUUGCUACACAUCAAGCCUUGUAUCCUAUACUGAUGAUUGUACCAAUAUCUAUUUUAUUGGCAGACAUAAGUAAGGGAUGUAACAAAUGUUCUUAUAUUAGAACACUUCUUGUUUUCGUAUUGUGCUGGGGAUUCUUAAUAUAUAUAUCUGCAUUUAUUAUGGAUGGUUCAUAUAGUUAUAUCUAUAAUACAUAUGGAUUCAUAUUGACGGUGCCAGACUUGAAGCCCAAUAUUGGUCUAUUUUGGUACUUCUUUACAGAAAUGUUUGAACAUUUCAGAUUGCUAUUUGUAUGUGCAUUUCAAAUCAAUGCAUUAGCCCUAUAUGUUGUGCCAUUAACUCUUAGAUUUCACAAGGAACCUGUAUUACUGGCCACAGUUCUAAUUGCUCUCUCUACAAUAUUCCGAUCAUAUCCAUGUGUAGGAGAUGUUGGAUUCUAUUUGGCCCUUUUGCCUAUAUGGAAACAUUUGUUCUCAUUUAUGCAACAGAAAUUCAUUGUUGGUUGUGCCUUCAUAAUAACAUCAGCUCUUGGACCAACAGUUUGGCAUCUUUGGAUUUAUUCUGGUUCAGCCAACGCCAAUUUUUUCUUUGGAGUAACUCUCUCAUUUGCAACUGCCCAAAUAUUUCUUAUAACUGAUUUACUAUUUGCAUACAUAAAAAGAGAGUUUACAUUAAAGCAUGGUUCAUCACGCCAGAUUGAUGGGAAAUCAGCUAAAUUAGUAUUACGA